AUGUGGGGCCAUUCGACGGAAGAGGGCCUGCGGCGGAGCGCGGCAGACGUCCUCCCCGAGACGCUCCACAACAGGGCGGAGGAAGCACAAGCACCGGCACCAGGCGAAGGGGAGUCGGGGGAGGCCACCAGGAUUCCUCCCAGCCCGGAAGUGGUCGAGGGGACAUGGGGCGAGCGGGACGUGGGCGGGCCGGUAAGCCAGCGCGAGGCCAUGCACGACUUUGAGGAAUUGGCGAUUCGGCUCAGCAGGACUCGCUCGCACGCGGCCGCUUCGCAGCGGUCGGCAAAGAGCCGCUCCAGCUUCUUCCGCCGCAUUACGUCUCGCGCGAGCGGCACAUCCAAGGCUGCUGCUGCCAGCACAGCCCGCGAAAAGCCAGUCGAUGACGAGGAGACAGCGACGUCGGCAGGAGCCGAGGAGGAGGAAGAGGGUUCCGACGGUCAGGACGUGUUCCCUCUGGAGCAGUUCAUGCGGGAGGGCCAUCUCGAGAAGCGGACCGAAUCGGGCGAGUCGGCCAAGAAGCUGGGCGUCGUCUUCAAGCACCUGACGGUCAAGGGCGUCGCCGGCGGCACCACCUUCGUCCGAACCCUACCUGAGGCCAUCCUGGGCACCUUCGGCCCCGACCUCUAUCACUUCCUCUGCAGGUUCAUCCCCGCGCUGCGCAUCAGCCGGGGCGGCGAGCUCCGGACCCUCAUCCACGACUUCACCGGCGUGGUGCGCCACGGCGAGAUGAUGAUGGUGCUCGGGCGGCCCGGCAGCGGGUGCAGCACCUUCCUCAAGGUCAUCGCCAACAACCGCGAAUCGUACGCGGCGGUCGAGGGCGAGGUGUCGUACAGCGGCAUCCCCGCCGACGAGGCCCGCAAGCGGUACCGCGGGGAGGUCGUCUACAACGCCGAGGACGAUCAGCACCUGCCCACGCUGACCGUCGGCCAAACACUCAAGUUCUCGCUCCUCAACAAGACGCGUAAGAACCUGCGGGGAGACGUCGGCACCAUCAUCGACGCGCUUCUGCGCAUGUUCGCAAUCAAGCACACCGAGAACAUCAUUGUCGGCAACGCCUACAUCCGCGGCGUCUCGGGCGGCGAAAGGAAGCGUGUCAGCAUCGCCGAGACGCUCUCGACCAAGAGCACCAUUGUCUGCUGGGAUAAUUCGACCAGGGGCCUCGACGCCUCCACCGCCCUCGACUACGCCAAGAGCCUCCGCAUCAUGACGGACGUGUCGGACCGGACGACGCUCACCACGCUGUACCAGGCCGGCGAAGGCAUCUACGAGCUGAUGGACAAGGUCCUGGUCAUUGACCAGGGCCGCAUGCUCUACCAGGGCCCGGCCAAGGAGGCGCGCAAGUACUUUGAGGACCUCGGCUUCUACGCCCCGCCGCGGCAGACCACACCCGACUUCCUCACCUCUAUCUGCGACCCCAACUCUAGGCAGUUCCGCGACGGCUGGGAGGCCCGCUGCCCCAAGACGGCAGAGGAGCUCGAGAAGGCUUUCCGCGAGAGCGCCGCAUAUCAGCGGCUCCUCGCCGACGUCCGCGACUUCGAGGAGCACCUCGAGAAGACGGGCCAUGCCGACAUGCAGACCUUCAAGGACACGGUCCGCGAGCAAAAGUCCAAGCGCGUCCGCCCGGGCUCCAACUUCACCAUCCCCUUCUGGAAGCAGGUCCUGGCCUGCGCCCGUCGCGAGGUCUGGCUCAUCUGGGGAAACAAGACGGAGCUUUACUCCAAGUACUUCACCAUCAUUAGCAACGGCCUCAUCGUCGGCUCGCUCUUCUACAAUGCCCCGUCCUCCACCGCCGGCAACUUCCUACGCGCCGGCUCCAUCUUCUUCUCCGUCGUCUUCCUCGGAUGGCUCCAGCUCUCCGAGCUCAUGAAGGCCGUCUCGGGCCGCGCCAUCGUCGCCCGCCACAAGGAAUACGCUUUCUACCGCCCCAGUGCCGUCACCCUCGCCCGCGCCCUCGUCGACCUGCCCGUCCUGGUCUGCCAGGUCGUCAUCUUCGGCAUCCUCCUCUACUUCAUGACGGGCCUCGACCUGAACCCGGGCAAGUUCUUCAUCCAGCUCCUCUUCAUGUACAUCACCACCUUCUGCAUCACCGCCAUGUACCGCAUGCUGGCCGCCAUGUCCCCCACCAUGGACGACGCCGUCCGCUUCUCGGGCAUGGCCCUCAACUUGCUCGUCAUCUUCACUGGUUACGUCAUUGCGAAGCCCGUCCUGCUAUCGCAAAAGAUCUGGUUCGGCUGGAUCGCGCACGUCAACCCGCUCAGUUACUCCUUUGAGGCCGUCAUCUCCAACGAGUUCCAUGCACGCACCUUGGAGUGCGCCCCCGAGAAUCUGGUGCCACAGGGUCCCGGCGUUCUCCCCGUGAACCAGGGCUGCGCCGUCCCCGGGGCGCAGCCCGGCAGCGCCAGCGUCCUGGGAGACGACUACAUCCAUGCCAGCUUCGACUACACCCGGGCCCAUCUCUGGCGCAACUUUGGCGUCGUCAUCGCCUUCUCCGUUCUCUACCUCAUCGUCACGACCGCCGUUGCCGAGCUCUUUUCCUUCGCCACCUCCGGGGGCGGUGCCCUCGUCUUCAAGCGAUCUAAACGGGCGGCAACGGCCCAGCGGGUCAAGGCGGCGAGCUCCGACGAAGAGACGGGUAACUCGUCCGGGAACUCGUCGUCAACCGAGGUGUCGGCGGCCAGCCACGGCAGCGCCGGCGGCUUCAAGGGGAUCGCAGGCAGCGAGAGGGUCUUCACCUGGGAGGACAUCACGUACACGGUGCCCACGCCGGCGGGCCCCAAGCGCUUGCUCAACGGCGUGAACGGGUACGCCAAACCCGGAGUCUUGGUUGCCCUCAUGGGCGCCAGCGGCGCCGGCAAGACCACCCUGCUCAACACCCUGUCGCAGCGCCAGACCGUCGGCGUGGUCAGCGGCAACAUGCUUGUUGACGGCGCGCCGCUCGGUAGCGACUUCCAACGCAGUACGGGCUUCGUCGAGCAGAUGGACCUGCACGAGGAGUCAGCCACGGUCCGCGAGGCCAUCGAGUUCUCGGCCCUGCUCCGCCAGAGCCGUGACGUCCCGCGCCAGGAGAAGCUCGAUUACGUUGACAAGGUGCUGGACCUGCUGGAGCUCACCGAGAUCCAGGACGCCAUCAUCAGCUCGCUAGGCGUGGAGCACAAAAAGCGCCUCACCAUCGGUGUCGAGCUCGCGGCCAAGCCCGCCCUGCUCCUCUUCCUCGACGAGCCCACCAGCGGCCUCGACGCCCAGUCCGCCUUCUCCAUCGUCCGCUUCCUCCGCCGUCUGUGCGCCGCUGGCCAGGCCAUCAUCUGCACCAUCCAUCAGCCCUCGUCCGACCUGAUCCAGCAGUUCGACAAGAUCCUCGCCCUCAACCCGGGCGGCAACACCAUCUACUUCGGCCCCGUCGGCAAGGACGGCAGCGCCGUGAUCCAGUACUUUGCGGAGCGCGGAAUCCACUGCCCCCCGGGCCGUAACGUUGCCGAGUUCCUCCUCGAGACGGCCAUCAAGGGCGGUCGCCGCCCCGACGGCUCGCGCAUCAACUGGUCCGAUGAGUGGCGCUCCUCGCCCGAGAACAAGGCCCUCAUCGCCGAGAUCCAGCAGCUCAAGGCCGAGCGCGCUAGCGCGCGAGGCCAGCAGGAGCGGCAGGUCGGCGACGCCUCUGCCGGACCCGUUCAGCAUGAGUUCGCCGCCCCCGUCACCACCCAGAUCCUCCUCCUUACCAAGCGCAUGUUCAUCCGCCAGUGGCGCGACCCGUCCUACAUGUACGGCCGCCUCUUCACCGCUGUCGUCAUCGGCAUCUUCAACGGCUUCACCUUCUGGAAGCUAGGCGACACCGCCGCCGACCUGCAGAACGCCAUGUUCAGCUCCUUCCUCAUUAUAAUGAUCCCCGCCACCGUCCUCAACGCCGUCCUGCCCAAGUUCUUUACCAACUUCGCCCUCUGGCAAGCUCGCGAGCACCCCUCGCGCAUCUACGGCUGGGUCGCUUUCUGUACUGCCGAGGUGCUCUCCGAGAUACCCGGCUCCCUGCUCGCCGCCGCUCUCUACUGGCUGCUUUGGUAUCUGCCUGCCGGCCUGCCCAUCCGGGGGCCCUCUGCAGGCUACGUCUUCCUUAUGACCCUCCUCUUCUUCCUCUUCCAGUCCAGCUGGGGCCAGUGGAUCUGCGCCUGGGCCCCGAGCUUCACCGUCAUCAGCAACAUCCUGCCUUGCUUCCUGGUCAUAUUCUGCUUGUUCAACGGCGUCGUCGUGCCGUAUACCCAGCUGAACGUGUUUUGGAAGUACUGGCUCUACUAUCUCAACCCAUCGUCUUACUGGAUCUCGGGUGUGCUCUCAGCCACUCUUGCUGGCCGUGCUGUCCAUUGCACCCCGGCCGAGGCCGCCCACUUCAACCCGCCCUCGGGCCAGACCUGCCUCGAAUUCGCCGGCGACUUCGUGCGUCAGGCCGGCCGCGGCUACCUGAUGAACCCCAAUGCCACGUCCGACUGCGCAUACUGCCCUUACGUCGACGGGACCGAGUUCCUAGAGACGAUUGGCAUCUCGCCGGAUACUAAGUGGCGCGACUUCGGUAUAUUCCUUGUCUUUUGCUUCACCAACUGGAUGCUUGUCUAUUUCUUUAUCUACACUGUUCGUAUCAAGGGUUGGACCUUCGGCUUCGGGCCUCUUUUCCGCGUGGUUGAUAAGGUCGUCGGGGCAGUCAAGGGACUGUUCAAGAGCCGCAAGUCUGACAAGGAGACUGUUGCUUAA